AUGGCUGACAUCACAGUUCCUGAAUCCUUUGCUCAACGUCUGGAAAAGGUCAAAGGAGAGCCAAUGCGCAAUCCUGAGUCUCCUGAAUGGUUCAGCCGUGAAGUCAACGAGAAAUCCCGUGACACUUAUGCCUGGGCCGCUCCUUAUGAUGCUCGCUUCCCACAAGUUCGUAAGCAACGUCAAUGCUUCGCUUACUACGUUGACUAUCACCGUUGCAAGGAGCUCAUGGGCGAGGACUACAAGCCGUGCCAAUUCUUCCAGAAUGUCUACAAGGACUUCUGUCCCAAAUUCUGGGUCGAAAAGUGGGACGAACUGGUCUCCGAGAACCGCUUCCCAGCCAAGUUCGACCGUUAA